UCGGCUCGAGCCCGCUUCGUAGCCCAUCCAGACGCUUAGCGGCAGGACGGGCGCCAGCGGCAAUGGCCCUGGGCGACGUGACCAACACCAGGCUAGAGCUCCCCCCGCGCUACCGCCAGUGUGCUGUGGACGAAGAGGUCCGCGGCCUGGAGAACGAAGUGCCCGCAGAGGCUCUGACCGCGCUCAAGUUCGCGGAGCAGCCCUGCGACGUCUAUUGCGACCCUGCACCCAAGGCGCCCAGUCCGCGGGUGGCCCAUCACCAGCUUGUGUCCGCCUGCGCGUCUGACCUCCAGGAGCUCUGGAUGCGCUCGGCGGAUGAGCACAGCGAAGGCAUGCAGUGCGCGCUGCAGAAGUUCAGCCGCGUGGGGCACCCGCGCCUCGCGACCGCCCUGAUGACCCCGCCGAGGGCCCCGCCGCCGCCGCUGGGCGAGGAGUGGGCGCAGCACGGCGGGCAUUUCGCCUCAGCGCUUGCCACGGAGUUGCAGCGCUACGCGGGCGCGCCGAUGGGCGCGAUGGACAUGGAGUUGCGGGUGGACGCGUCCUUGCAGGACUCCGCCCUGGACGCGCUGCACGCCAUGGCCCAGCAGUCCGCCCGCCACGCCCCGCGCUCCGGGGCGGCCGUGCGCGCGGCGAUCGGCGAGCAGGAACGAGAGCAGAUCGUGCUGUGGCUGCUGCAGGUGGGGCUGGCUUGCGGGCUCUUGGACGAGGCCGUCCUCGCCGCGGUUCAGAUACUCGACCGCUACUGCGCGCGGCUGGAGGGCCCCGUGCCGCCCGGCUCGCUGCACCUCGUCGUGACGGCGAUCCUCAGCCUGGCCCUGAAGGUGGCGGGCCACGCCGAGGAGGGCAACAAGGUCCGCAGGCACAGGGAUCUGCUGACCGACCUAGGCCGUGGCCAGUUCACCGUCGAGGAGGUCUUCGCUACGGAGACAGUAGUGCUCCGUGCUCUCUCCUACAACAUAUCGGUGCCGACGAGCCUGGACUUCGCGCAGGCGUUCUUGGUACCGUUCUCCACGCCGGGCCAGCCAGAGGGCCAGUCGCCAGUCACCUGCCUCGCCAAGUUCCUGCUGCAGCUCUCGCUGUCCGACCCGGCCCUGCAGUACAGGUACCCUCAGGCUAUCCUGGCGGCCGGCGCCGUCUACGUGGCCCUUUGGUGCACCAAGGCGCAGCCCACCCGCGUGGCUGGACUCCUUGGCGACCUGGGUGCCGCCAUGGGCCACGCGGCGUAGCCGGCGCCGCACCCCGGGGGCGGAGCCGCGCGGCCUCUCCGAGCGGCGGCGGCGUCUGCACCGAGGGGGCGCCGGACCUCCGCGCGGCGCCGCGGGGGGGGCGCCCCGCCGGCGGCGGCGGCCGUGGGCGGCCAGUCCCGGCGAAGUCCU